AGCGGAAACGGGGCGGGCGGGGCGGGAGCCGGAAGCGGCGGCCGAGGGGACGAUGCCGCUGCCCGUCCAGGUCUUUAACUUGCAGGGUGCAGUGGAGCCCAUGCAGAUUGACGUAGAUCCACAAGAAGAUCAGCAAAAUUCACCUGAUAUCAACUAUGUGGUGGAGAACCCCACACUGGAUUUGGAGCAGUAUGCAUCCAGCUACUGUGGGCUGAUGCGAAUCGAGCGGCUGCAGUUCAUUGCUGAUCACUGUCCACAGCUGAGGGUGGAAGCUCUCAAGAUGGCUCUGUCAUUUGUCCAGAGAACUUUCAAUGUUGAUGUGUAUGAAGAAAUCCACAGAAAGCUGUCUGAGGCCACCAGAGAACUGCAGAAUACACCUGAUGCUGUCCCCGACAGUGGAAUUGAACCCCCUCCUCUUGACACAGCUUGGGUCGAAGCUACGCGCAAAAAAGCUCUUCUUAAACUGGAGAAACUUGACACAGAUCUGAAAAAUUACAAAGGGAACUCCAUCAAGGAGAGUAUCAGGAGAGGCCAUGAUGACUUAGGUGAUCAUUAUCUGGAUUGUGGGGACCUCAGCAAUGCUCUCAAGUGUUACUCACGAGCCCGUGAUUACUGCACCAGUGCUAAACAUGUCAUCAACAUGUGUCUCAAUGUCAUCAAGGUCAGUGUCUACCUCCAGAAUUGGUCUCAUGUUCUGAGCUACGUAAGCAAGGCUGAGUCUACACCAGAGAUUGCAGAACAAAGAGGAGAAAGAGACAGCCAGACACAAGCAAUUCUCACCAAACUGAAAUGUGCAGCAGGCUUGGCCGAACUAGCUGCCCGGAAGUACAAACAGGCAGCAAAGUGCUUCUUGUUGGCAUCAUUUGAUCACUGUGAUUUCCCUGAGCUGUUAUCUCCCAGCAAUGUGGCUGUGUAUGGUGGGCUCUGUGCCCUUGCCACCUUUGACCGUCAGGAACUGCAACGAAACGUUAUCUCCAGUAGCUCCUUCAAAUUGUUUUUGGAGCUGGAGCCACAGGUUCGUGACAUCAUUUUCAAGUUUUAUGAAUCUAAAUAUGCUUCAUGCCUGAAGAUGCUGGAUGAGAUGAAGGACAACCUGCUGCUGGAUAUGUACCUUGCACCUCAUGUCAGGACACUCUAUACCCAGAUUCGAAAUCGUGCCCUUAUCCAGUACUUCAGUCCCUAUGUGUCGGCAGACAUGCGCAAGAUGGCCACUGCUUUUAACACCACAGUGGCUGCUCUGGAAGAUGAACUCACUCAGCUGAUUCUGGAGGGACUGAUCAAUGCCAGAAUAGACUCGCACAGUAAGAUUCUUUAUGCUCGAGAUGUUGAUCAGCGCAGCACAACUUUUGAGAAAUCCUUACUAAUGGGCAAAGAGUUCCAGCGCCGUGCCAAGGCCAUGAUCCUGCGCGCGGCCGUCCUGCGCAACCAGAUACACGUCAAGUCUCCUCCGAGAGAAGGCAGCCAAGGGGAGCUCACUCCAGCUAACAGCCAAUCCAGGAUGAGCACCAAUAUGUGAAAAACUUCGUGCACUACCAACAGAAAUGGUCCCUCAGGACUGUACCCAGUGUCUCACCCACUAACUGCUGAGCUUCACAAACUGUCCCUGUCUCCCUCACUUCUUGCUCGGAUUGAGAGGGUCAGGGCUGAUGGUGGAUAACAUGAAUAUUCCAAUAACUUCAAUUCUUCUUGAAAAGAGAUUCUUUCUAAAAAAAGCAUCCCUGCAAUGGGUCAUCAUUUCGGUUUUGGUAGAACAUCUUCCUCCAUUCUCCUUCCACCACUCCAUAAAGAGCUGUCAGGUUAUUCAUACAGAUGCUGAGUUGAGAGUUUUUCAGCUGCUAUUAGUUUUCUUACUUGUAAGCUGCAAAAAUAGUUGAAUGGACAGGCAUGAUAUAAGAUUAAUUUUGCUGGCCUGAAAGUAUUGCCUUGAUUUUGAGCAAUGCUGAGCUUUCUGUUUUCCAGAUAAACUUACAAAUGCAUUGCUCUCAAUUAUGGAGCUAGAGUUCUGAUGGGAGAGAUUUCCUUUGAGAAACUCUGAGUGAAUUUUCACCUGCACCAGAAAAUGUCAUCGCUUCCAUGUAUUCAGUCACAGGCCUUUAUUUUGGGGUUUUAUGUUUACCUGCAUCCAGGUUCUCUCUCUCUGGUCUCUGUUUUCAAAGACCUGUUUCCUGAUGCAUUUCCCACUUGUGUGUGGCCUGGCUUCGGGGUCCAGUGUUAUCAUAGCAGUAAAUCUCUACUUCAUGCAAAUACUGCUUCUUGUCCAGUCUUACUGCCGUAGUGUGUGAUGGUUUCCCCACAUGUGCAACAGCUGUUUCUGGUAGCAUGGAUAAAUGCCAUAAAACAUGACUCAAGUCUUGUGGAAGCGCUGAAAACAGUCAGUCUGGGUGUCCAGUCUCCAGGUGCAUUUAUUCUGCUUUUCCUUUUAUAAAGGGGUCAAAUGUGGCAGCCCAGGGUGUGUGUGUGUGUUUUUUCGUCCUGUGUUCGUGAAAGGAGAUAUGCACUGAAUUUUCUGAAGUCACUGCAGCCUUGUAUACAUCUAAUCCAUAAGGCAAGCUGAGAAUUUUGAUCCAACUCUGAGUGGUCUGGUAACUGACUACAGAUGUUACUGUUAAUGCGUUCAUGCUUGUGUUUGGUUUUUUUUUUUUUUUAAUAAGUUGUUAUAUCUAGUGCAUUAAAUAGCAGGAUUAAAAAGCUUCUGAGUAUUUGGAGUUCUGUGUUACAGUUGGGUUUUAGGUAUUUUGUUCUCAAGGCAUUGAUCUUUGCUAAACUUCAUGAUGUUUUGUAGGCCACUGUGUCUUGCUUUCUGAUAUGAUUGGAGACGUAGCUUGGAUAAAUUGUGAAGGAACGUUCAAACAGCAAAAUUCCUGUAGGAACAGUGUUCUCUCCAGGCUUUCCAUGCUUUUUAUGACUUAGGUGCUGAAAAUGGAAGCAGUAGUUCCUGUGAGGUCUUUGGUUAAAUGUCUUCCAUUUUGCCAUGGAAAAAUUCUCCCGUGAUUGAGGGGAGAACUUUGCAUUGGGUAUCACUGAUGGCCAGUUUAGUGAGAAAGGCAGGUUGAAUUCUCGAGUAAAUUGCUGUACAUCCUUAGAGAAAUGCAGGGAAACUACUGCAAUGCCUUCUGUUCAUGCAGAAGGAAAACCUUUCAGCCCUAUAAUGCUGCUUAAACAUUCUUGCUUUCUUCCCAAAAUGGGCCACUGAUAUUUAUAAACAAGAAGAUCUUAUGCUCUGUUCUUUAAAAGGUGGUUUUUGCGUCUCAGUGAAGUGCAUCCUGUCAGGUGGCUCUCUGUGCUUUUACUGUAUGACUGUCCCUCCCUGGAAGCUUUCUGCUGCAGGGCUCCUCGGUGGUCAGUGAUGUCCUGAGCUGGCUGGAGUCUCUGCUGUCUCACUCAGCAGCUGCUCGCACACGUCCCGUCGCAGCCACGCGGGGCCCACGAGGUGGACACAGCAGUUUCCAGCUCUUGCUGUGGCCCGAGGCCAUUCUAUAGCUGGGGCAGAAGUGAUCAGUUUUCUUCUCCCCAGACAAAAAUGCUUGCAACCUCUUCUGACCAGAUCGAGCAUUUCUCUUUUAGUGCUUAGUUCAUUGGCAUCAUGGAUGCUUUUGGGUAGAAUUACUGGUAUGUAACUCUCUCCUUUAGCCUGUGAAAGAAGCUGCUGUUGCUUUAGGAUAUUGCAGAUGUGAGUCAGAGCUGUCCAGGCAUGUUUCUUCUAGACAUUGUCCAAUGCCUGCCUCAGUCCUGCCUGCCGGUCCCAAAACAUAGAAAAAAUAACAGUGUGGAUAUAGUUCUGGGUAACUUGUAUUCAGAAGCAGUUCCACCCAGUAAAAAUUAUUCUUACCUGAAAUUUCUAAAUAAUUUCCCAAGUAAUAAAUGGGAAAAUGGUAACUAACAGAUGGAAUUUUCAGUGAUUCCCUGUGACCACUAAGGCCAUUCAGUGGAUGAAGUUUUGUGGGAUGCAGCAUGCCAGUAUGUCUUAAGAUAUGAUCAGAGGUACUCAUUUAAAUGGAUUUCAUGAACUCGUGUAGCACUUUUUUAUUGAUAAGGAAAUGCCAGUGGUAGACCAUGAUGGGGUCUUCGGGCAGUGUAAAUCCUGCUUUCUUUACGUGACUUACCUAGGAAUAAAGGAAAAACAGUUGGAAAGAACCUUGGCACAACCACUAUUAGUGGUAAUGUAGAAACUGCCAUUAUGAGAUUUGUGUUGGAGUAGUUGGGUGUGAUUGGUAAUUAUCUGUCCAGAUCUCAUCCAGCACAGUGGUCUGUGCUGCCAAGAUCUGCAGUAGGGGGUCUGUAAGAGGAGAUUAUGGACUGUGGCUGGUGCAGCAUCGUCUGUGAGCUGCUGUGGCUGAAAGGCUUCAGUGGGUGAAGGAGAAAAUAUCAACAGUUGGGUCUUUGCCUCAGGCCACGUGCAUGUGGUCUGUACUACCUCCUGGGACCCUGCAGCAAUGGUCUCAGCAUUACUUCCUAACUUAGUUGAAAUUUCAGCAUUGUUCCAUCCUCUGGACAGCUCCCAAAACUGCUGCUGAACAAGGUAUUAGUUCUGAUACAUGGAAUGCAAUAUAAACUUUCAGAAAAAAUAAAUGAGGAAACUUUAACAAUAGCAACGAUGCUUCUGAAAAAGACCUAUCAUGCAUAGCUAGUAAGUGCUUGUCAAGCAUUGAUUUUUUUUUUUUUUUUUUUUAAGAGUAAAGUCUCAGCGGAUUUGAGAUUCUUAUGCCAUCUUCUUUGUUAUUCUGUGAAGCAGCUGGCAGUGGGUGAGCAGUGUGCUCCACGGGACAGUGCUCUUAGUAUUUCCUACACCAUCUGCUGGUGAGGACUGAGGCUGAGACAAGUCAGUGUUUCACUUUUCUGGUAGUCCAUCAGCUGUGAAUUUGCAGUGGGGUGAAAACUACCAAACUGGUGCAGAACUGACUUCUGCUUCCUCCGAUGCUGUUAGGGAAUAGGGAAAGGAUUACUGUCUGCUUUUCAAAUCAACUUUGUGCUUCAACUGAUGUUAUUUGGGCUUCUGUGUUCCUAUGGAUCUCUGAAUUCCAUUCAACAUCUUAUGGGGUUGCUGUUGUAGUUUUAGACCACCUCGUAGGAUAACUUGACCAGGCUAAAUUAAUUUGAAUGCGAACAGAAGCUGGCUAAUAGGGUAUGUCAAGCUGUGAGAGAAAUGUUCAAGAUUCAGUAAUUAGAAGUUUGGUAAAUUCAUAAUGCAAGUAAGGCAGUUUCUUGACAGCAAAGAACUAAUUCAAGCUUCAGCUUCAGUAGGCUUAUUAAAAGCUACAGACUGAAGGGCAGCUGCAUUAGCAAGAGAUGGUCUAAUUCAAACAAGAACUCAAGUGGCAAGACCUGAAAAUCUUAGAUGAUAGAUUAGGAUGGGUAAUCUUCUUGUCCCUGGCCACACAAAUACCACUGUUUCAGUUCUCCAAACGUUCUGCAGCUCUAGCUUUGACUGUUGUAUUCCCAGUGCCUGUAGUUUAUGUAACUGUGAAGCCUCUGUGUGCAUAUAGUUUGUACCCUAUAAAUACAUGCUGAGAUAUGGGAGUUUCAGUCUUCGUUUUGAUGCACUUUUUGUCUUCUUGAUUUUUUUUCAAUUUUCUCAUAUUUUAUAAACUGGUUGCCAAAUAAAGGCAGUUGGCUUUCUUUUUGUCAGGUGAACUAA